CGUACGUAUAUUUCGAAUACGAUCGUGUGCGGUUUUUUAUUCUCUCUAUUUUUUUUUCUCUAAUAUGUUUAUACUUACUUAUUUGAAUUGAAAUCUCGAGGUGAAUAUUUAAGUGUAAAUUUUGUGCUUACUUACGAUGGUGCGGACUGCGGAUUAAUUCGGGAUCAUCUUUGCGCGCGUAUUUUGUUGCGAAAUUGUUACACGAGACACCAUUUUGAUAUUGCGUCGGAAAUUAACGUAGUGAAAUUUUUAUCCCUCAAGUGAAUUUUUUCGUUUGUUUGCGAAUUUUGAUGAAAUUGAAGAAUCGUGAUAACAUAUGUAUAUCGGAGGAGGUGUGUGUGUUUUUUUGUUGCUGAAUGAAUUAUGCCUAUAGAAGAAGUACAUACUUACAUUAUUAUGUAAGUCGACAGAAAGGUACCAAGUCGGAAAAAUCGAUGGAAUUAAAAUGGUGACGGUCAAACGCGUUCCAAGACUUAGAGCAGAAAAAAUGAACAACGAAUCCUUCGUCGAGAGAUACAUCCGUGCCAAAAGGCGUCACGAAGUUAGACCUGUAUGCCUAUUCGAUGAGCCGAGCCGAGCUGAAACCGACGAGUUCUUACUGCAGCUCGAAAUAGCGCAGAUGAAAGAGACCAAAAAGGUGUACGAAAAAUACGACCUCUCCGAGAUACCCGAUGGUGCCGAAAAAGAUGAUAUAUUUCCAAAAUUCGAUACGGCCAACGACGAUAAACGAGAAGACAAGAAAGUCGAGUCGAACGCGAAAUUUCAGCCCAAAGUUCUAACAGAGCAAGACAGGCCGCCUGGCAAUAAUGUUUUCGUGCCGAUAGAAAUAGCAGAACCAACUCUUUCAGAAUAUUGGCAGACAUCGAAACGUCGCAGAUCUUCCAAUUCGAAAGACCAUUCGACCAGCGAAGAUGAUGCAGAAGCGACUAAAGAUACAGGAGGAGACCCACUGGAUUGAAAACGGGAGGCGAAAAAGUAUCACACCUCUUGAAGUACAAAACAUAUCCUUUUUUUUAUUUUUUUAACAUUACUAAUUAUAUAUUACAUUGUUUAGGGAACCAUUUAGUAGUUGGGAAAAGUCGUUAGAAUAUAUUAUAAUUAUUUUUCAAAAUGAUCAUGUAUCUAUGAUAAUAUUAUAUUUUAGAAAGGAAAAAAAGAAAGGCGAAAAUGCCUCAAAAUAUAUUUAGAGUUAUGGUUUUUUAUAAUAUCAACUUAUGUAAUAUUCUAAUAAGAUUGAAAUUCGAUGUAGCUAACGAGUAUGUAUUUUAGAUCACCAUUUUUUUUAAAAUUAAGGUCACUUUUGAAUCCAUCUCAUCGUUGGGAGUUGAAUGUUGACGCUCGUUGUUACAUUUAGUGUUGUUUUCAAAUUGAUCUCUUUUUUGUAUACUCAUCGUUGUUGUUAUUUUUGAAUGAAAAAAACGUCAAUCUAUGAGCGUCAACAUUGUUUUGGGAUGUUUAUGUUUUAAGACUUAUGUUUUAUUAAUAUUUUUAUUAAUAUUGUUUUAAACGGAAUAAUAUAAUGUGAGAGGAUUAGCCCUUCACGCGAAAGAUAUUUUACAACGAGUAGAGUAGUAUCAGGAUGACUUUCGCAGUCAGUUGUCAGUUUCACAUUUGAUCUCAUAUUGUUUUCAGGGUGAAAGAGAUUCAUUAUUGGUGCUCUGUAAUAGCGAAUUUAUUGGCGAGAAAAAAACCUACGUUGGAAAAAUAAAAUAAAAAUUACCUAUAUUUUUGCAAAAAAAAAAGCCGAUAGUAGUAACGUUUUUUUAAAAAAAUGAUGCAAUGAUGCAAUAUUGAUGCUAGUCUAGUGUAAAGUGUUUUAACCGUUUUUUUUUUUUUUUUUUUUUUUUUUUUUUUUUUUAAAUAGUUGUUUAAACGCGAAUUAGUUUUUUUAAUUGUUUUUCUUUUUUUUUUAAUGCUUAUUUGUUUUAUAUAGCAACUUGGUUCGUUGGUGAGGGUAAAAUUUUAAUAAAUUAGAUUUAUUGCGAGAAAUGGGUUAUGAAAUGGUGUGUUUUUUUUUAGAUUGUUAGAGGAAUAGUUGAUAAAAUAAUAUGUUAGAGUUAUAUAAAUAUUCAUGUUACCAUGUCAGAGAGUUUAAAAUUGAAAAUUUUUGGUCAAAUUAAAAAAUAACGAAAAGAAGGAAGCGAUGAAGUUUGAAGAAAAUAAAUGUUCUCUAUUUACCAAAGAUAUAUAAUUUAAAGAAAAUCAUUCAAACUAGUUCCUGUUUCAGUUCCCCGGCAUGUAUAUUGAUAAUAUAAGUAUACGAUGUAAUAUAAUGUCUCCAGACAUCUCAUCGUGUCGUACUUAUAUUGUAUCGUAUAUAUUUUUAACCGUUAUGAUGCUUUGUUACAAUAUCCACGUUUAAAUUUUCUCAUUUUUGAACGAUUAGGUAUUCUAUUUGUAGUACUUGAUCGAUGCUGGGAAAAUUUAAUGGUGGAUUUUGCUUUUAAAUAUAGUAUAUCUGAUGGGUAUAAGUUUUUAAAUUUAAAUGGGUGAAUGCAUGGUCUGAGGGAUCAUAUAUUAGACUUUAAAAAAAUUUAUAGAAUCUUAGUCAAUAUAUUUUUAUUUUUAAUUAUAAAUUUCACAUUUUAUCAUUAAAAAAGUUCAUUUAAA